AAAGCGGGAGCGAUCAGGGCACAAACUUUACGCACGCGUCCCGUCAGAAGCUUUGCGGCGCAGCAGGAGCGGGAGCGGGGAAGGCAAAAAGAAUGCAAAAUUCCUUCCAACCUGGAAACUAAUGAAUCAAGACCUGUGAAGAGCUUUUUUUGUCAGCAAAAUGACGAUUCAGAAGUGUUCAUUGUUUUUCUGGUUUGUGGUUUUAUCUGUGGACGUCUGUGCAAGCCAGAAAGACUGCUCAGGCGUGGACUGUCCUGUUCUGCAGAACUGCAUCGAAACCGUCUUAGAGACAGGUGCCUGUUGCCCCGAAUGCAAAGAGAGGGGAUGCGUCUGCGAAGGGUACCAGUACUACGACUGCGCCCAAGCCGGCUUUCAAAACGGGAAAGUCCCAGAGGGAGAAUCCUAUUUUGUGGAUUUCGGAAGCACGGAAUGCUCCUGUCCUCAGGGAGGAGGGAAGAUAAGCUGUCAUUUCAUUCCGUGUCCCGAAAUUCCCCCCAACUGCAUUGAUGUUUUACAAUUUGCAGAUGGAUGCCCUGAGUGUGGGCAGAUUGGCUGUACCCACGGCAACAAGAAAUACGAGGCAGGACGCUCUUUCCGGGUCGACCAUUGCCAAGUUUGCCAUUGUCCAAAUGAAGGGGGCAGGAUAAUGUGCUCACCCAUCCCUGACUGUGACUUACACAGUGCUGAUAAGUCUAUAGGGGCGACGACUGCUGAGAACACCAGUCCAUUCAGAGACAUAAGCGGUGGGCAUGGCACUUCACAAAAAAGUCUUGUGGAGCCAUUUUCCAAGCUUGGACAGGGAAACACUCUGCCGCUGUAUAAACAGGACCCACCCAGAGUUGGCUCAGAGGACCAUGACUAUUCUCACGGAAGACCAACAUCUUCUACGAUUCUGAAUUUGCCCCAACUGGUGGAAUCAAGUACAAUGCCUUUGUCUUACCCAGAGUCCAACACUACUAAUGUCUCUCAUGGCGGUAGGAGGAAGCAAACUCAUAGAAAACCAAAUCUAGUAAGGAGCACUGAAGAAAAACCUUCACAAAGCAUGAAUCAAACCCGAGCAUCAACAUCCCCAACAACCACAACCAAGGAAGUGAUGUCCACAGAGAGCCACAGGCAACAGCAGGAACUUGCAGAACGGUCCACGAGGCACAACAGUGGAAGAAACAGUGAGAUGCAGGACACUGCAACCGACUCAACACACGGUACCCGAACCAGAGCAGGACUCCGGAGCUUGGAGCAGCACAAUCGUGGUCAGAGUAGCUCUAACCGUGGUCGUCUCCAUCCUGCCGUCCCGCCCAGACAAGAAAAAGUGUCAGAAAAGCCCUACCACAUGCCUGACAGUCAGGGUUCACGGCCCACAAUUCAGUUCGGUUCCACCGAAAGAGCUCCAAUCAGAAUGAGUGAGGACCCUCAAACCUUCAUUGCCCACCACCGCUCAUCAGGAGCAGAACUCUCCAAACUGUCUGCCAAGGAGCUGAUGAAGACCUGCUGUGAGACUGGUGAAAAAUGGGCUUCAGCUAAUGGGCACUGCAACAACAUGGAGCCACCUACAAAAGACAGGCAGUCCAUUUGCUGGACUGCCCAACAACAGUGCUGCCUCGGCUUCCUGAGGGAAGCGCAGUGCUCGGCUGGAAUAAACGCAGCCCGGGCAGGAAGAACGUGUAAGGAUGGUGCCAGCACCAAAUGUGGAAUCCAUUCCUACAAGGACUGCUGUGGCUGCUGCUCUCUUGGGCUGCAGUUCCGCAGAGAGGGGCAUGCGUGUGAAGCCCACCACUCCCUGGGUUACCUCUGCCAACGCGUCUUUCUAACCUGCUGUGAGGGGAAGGAGAUUAAACCCACGAUCAGAGAGAGACCUGCUCUGGACACAACUCCAGCUCCAAGAAAAGUGUCAGAUGGCCUGUUUCCUAGAGAAGCCUUCUCCAUCGGUGAGGACGGCGAUGGGGAAAACGGCGUGGAAGGCCCUGUUGAGGUUGAGGACAUGGAUGAGUGUCUGAUAUACGAGGGCAGCAUCUGCCACCACAGAUGCGUCAACACGCCGGGCUCUUAUCGGUGCGAGUGCUUCCCGGGGUACGUGCUGCAAGAGGACGGCGUCACGUGUGUACAAGCAGAUUUAGUGAAUGAGGAGAACAGAUUAAAGGAGAUGGACAGAACAGCGGUGCAGAACACCCCGCCUCCCACCUUGCCUGCUGUCCCACUCAACCCCUGUGAAGGAAACAUCUGUGAGCAACAGUGCCUCCUAGUGGCAGGAAGGCCACAGUGCUCCUGUUCUCCUGGGUUCUCCUUGAGAGCUGAUGGACGCUCCUGUGAAGACGUAAAUGAGUGUUUAUCCUCCAACGCUUGCAAGUUAAAUGAGCGCUGCACGAACACUCGAGGGAGCUAUGUUUGUCAGAGACUGAUCACCUGUCCGCCCGGAUUCCAGAUCAACAAUGAUGUUUGUGAAGAUAUUGAUGAAUGCGCACAAAGAAGUCAUAAUUGUGGGGUUGGCUCUGAGUGUGUGAAUACUCAGGGAUCAUUCCGGUGCGUUUCCAAGCCUCGAUGUCCUGUUGGAUUCACCCAGGACGCACAGGGAAGCUGUAUGGACAUAGAUGAGUGUGGCGCGUUGACCCAGCCCUGUGACCCCGGAUCCAGCUGUAUUAACACAGUGGGAUCCUACAUCUGCAACCGGAAGAUAACGUGUAGCCGCGGCUACCAUGCUAGCCCUGAUGGCUCCAGAUGUGUCGAUGUGAAUGAAUGUGAGAGCAGCCUGCAUCGGUGUGGAGAAGGCCAGCUGUGUGUCAAUUUACCUGGUUCCUAUCGCUGCGAGUGCCAGGCAGGCUACCAGUAUGACUCAUUCAGGAGGAUGUGCACAGAUGUAAACGAGUGUUGGCGCUACCCGGGCCGCCUUUGUGCCCAGACCUGCGUGAACACCCCAGGCUCCUAUGAAUGCUCGUGUACCUCUGGUUUCCGCUUAUCUGGUGAUAGCAAAAACUGUGAAGAUGUAAAUGAGUGUCUGGCUAACCCAUGCAGUCAGGAGUGUGCAAACAUCUAUGGUUCAUACCAGUGCUACUGCAGACAGGGGUACUACCUCCGAGAGGAUGGGUACACCUGUGAUGAUAUUGAUGAGUGUUCCCGGAGCAUUGGUCCUUUGUGCACCUACAAGUGCGUAAACGUUCCAGGGAGUUACCGCUGCGCUUGUCCUGAAUAUGGAUACACCAUGUCUUCAAAUGGACGAUCUUGCCUUGACGUCGAUGAGUGUUCUACAGGAGUCCAUAACUGCUCUUUAGCCGACACGUGCUACAACAUUCAAGGAAGCUAUCGAUGUCUUUCUCUAAGCUGUCCUCAGAACUACCGCAAAGUGUCCGACACACGCUGUGAGCGGAUCAGCUGCCCGAACUACCUGGAGUGCCAAAACUCUCCUCUAAGAAUCACGUACUACUACCUCAGCUUCCAGUCCAACAUCGUCAUUCCCGCUCAGAUCUUCCGCAUCGGACCAUCCCCUGCCUAUUCCGGAGACAAUGUUAUCGUCACGAUCACCCAGGGAAACGAGGAAAACUACUUCAGCACAAGAAAGCUAAAUGCCUACACUGGGGCUGUGUACCUACAGAGACAGGUUCAGGGUCCAAGGGACUUCCUCAUCACUGUGGAGAUGAAGCUCUGGAGACAGGGGGCGUUCACCACGUUCCAGGCCCGUAUCUACGUUUUCAUCACAACCAACUUGCUCUAACAGCCUCAGCGCUGAACUGUGUCACGAGAACAUCUAGUCACUAACGAUGCAUCUUAUCACCACUUGUGCUUUUGAAACAAGUCUGUAGCUGAUGCUUUUCAAACAUUGCUGUAAAAAAAGAGGAUGGAUGCUUCAUGCAACUUCAGGACUUUACAGAAGUGUAUUUUUCUACAAUGAUUGCCAAAUUUUUGUAAUCCCCAAAGAAACAUAAUUUUGAGUAAAAAAAAAAAAAAAAGAAAAACUUUUUUUAUUUUUGUCUUCCUCUGUUAUUUUCUAUUUCCCCCGAAUUUCUGAAGUUGAAUUCUGUUGAAAUGACCAACCACAAAUACAUUUCUGCUCAGUACAUCCUGAUUUCCAGUUUAUACAGUAUUUUAUAUUUGCUAUGACAUCAACAGUCUAUUAUAUAUUCUUAACCUGCACUGCUGACUUUUUUUUAAAAACAAUUUUAGUUAUUUGUUGUUUAUUGUCACUUCAUAAAAUUAUAUAUAUUAUCUGUGGAUGUAUCAUACUUUUAUUCUGGAUUAAAAUAUGAUAAGAUUAUUUUAGUAAAGUUGAAAAAAGGA